AUGAAAGCUACUGCAUCUCUGAUCUGCCUUGUUGCACUUUCCUUAUCUGUGGCGACGGCUUUCUCUGAUCCUGCUAAGCCUCACACGACGUGCUACGAUCACUUUCUGCAUACAGGUAAAAAAUGUGUUUAUGCUUCCGCCAACCCGAAUGAACGAUGCCCUCCGCCACCAGAUCCUCCCAAAGCCCCUGCAACAGUUCCCCAGUUCACAGUGCAACAGGCUAGAAAGACUAAGCGCAGCGAAGAGCACCUUUUGGAACGCCGAUAUGACACCACCAUACCGGUCACCAAAGCCGUCAGGAUGACCUGCCCUGAGUCCAGUAACCCAGGAGAUGGAUUAGGUGUAUGUCUCUGGGCCGGAGCUGGCGGUAAUUCUAACGGUUGGGUCAACCAGGAAAACAAAUCCAACUGCGGGAAACAAAUAUACAUUCAAAGGAAAGGUGAUGCAAAAAAUCCUCAUUAUGCCAAAGUAAUUGGUGGCUGUGACUUUGGACCAAACAUCGAUGAAACAGUGGGGUGCUUCAAUAUUGCAGUCAAUGAAGCGCUCUUUGAGAAACUCAACCCCACCGAGGCGGAACGUAAGAAUGGCGCCCUUUGCGAUGUCACCACUUGGGAUUUCAACAACCUUAAGGGCACUAAGCCAGAGAACGCUUCAUACUGA